AAUAGAAAAUCAGAGCCACGUAACCUUUCUAUGGUUUUAACGGAAAUUCAGGCUGAGUGUCCCCCUUUUUCAAGCGUGAGUGGCGGCGUCAGAAGGGGGCGUGGCUUCAGUUGCUAAGAAGCGGCUUGGUGGCGGCGUGUUUCUAGUGGGUGAGCGGGCAACGACUGCUGGGAGGCUUGGCGUGCGGGAAGCCGGAGCGGAGGUGGCUGUACGAUGAGCCAGGAUGAAAGAUUUGCUUUCAUUGCAGAGUGGUAUGAUACAAAUGCAUCACUUUUUCGACGUUAUGAGCUGUUGUAUUAUCCCAAAGAUGGCUCAGUUGAGAUGUAUGAUAUGAAGAACCACUGCAGAUUCCUGAACCGCACCAAAUAUGAAGAUCUGCACUUUAAAGAUCUGUUUGUGGGCAACAGAAUCACUAUCUUCUCACGUCAUCUCAAUUUGGUUGACUAUGGUGAUCAGUAUACUGCCCGCAUGUUGGGUAGUUGUAAAGAAAGAACCUUGGCUUUAUUGAAACCUGAUACAGCAAUCAAACUUGGGGAAGUCAUUGAUAUGAUUAUUAAUGCUGGAUUUACAAUAACUAAGGCCAAAAUGGUGAGACUUACCAGGGGAGAAGCAAUGGACUUCCAUGCAGAGCACCAAGCUAAGCCUUAUUACAAUGAGCUUCUUGAGUUUAUUACAAGUGGCCCUGUUGUUGCUAUGGAGAUCUUAGGAGAUGAUGCCAUCAGUAGAUGGAAAAAUUUAUUGGGACCUGCAAACUCUGUUGUAGCCCGAACUGAUGCUCCAGACAGCAUUAGAGCAAAUUUUGGAACUGAUGGCAUAAGAAAUGUGGCUCAUGGCCCUGAUUCCUUGGCUUCUGCAGCUAGAGAGCUGGAGCUGUUCUUUCCCUCCAGUGGUGGCCGUGGACCUGCAAACACUGCAAAAUAUACACACUGUACCUGUUGUGUUAUUAAACCUCAUGCAGUUAAAGAAAACCUGACUGGGAAAAUUAUAAAAGCGAUUCUUGAUGAAGGAUUUGAAAUCUCAGCAUUGCAAAUGUUCUAUAUGGAUCGUGCAAAUGCUGAAGAAUUCUAUGCAAUUUACAAAGGUGUGGUUGCUGAGUAUUCUGAGAUGGUUGUGGAACUUUGUUCAGGUCCCUGUAUAGCUCUAGAGAUAAGACAGUUAGAUCCUGCAAAAAUAUUCAGAGCUUUCUGUGGGCCUUCUGAUCCUGAAAUUGCUCGUUAUCUCCGUCCUGGCACGCUCCGUGCUAUAUAUGGUAAAAAUAAGAUCCAAAAUGCUGUUCACUGCACAGAUCUUCCAGAGGAUGGUCUUUUGGAGGAGGAAGACAUAUGCAGGGAGAAACAUGGGAAAGUCACAAGUGGAGGAUGACAUCUGGAACCCCCAUAACUUCUGUGAACACGACAGGGUCCAGUAUUUCUUCAACAUAUUGGACAACUAACCAGAGAAUACAGAAUUAAGGAAUAUGAACCACUUACAAAAACAAGCCACAGGAUGGGCGAUGUGUAUUUAUUCAUUUAUUGUCCAAUGUUUUAACCUGACUGAAAUACAAGAUCAACAAGAGCACUGUACUCCUGGCUAUUACAUAUGUUAGAACAUAGAGUUUUGCACUUUAGACAACAUUUAACACCAGUUGAUGGGGUAACUGCAUUGCUUCUCAUAAAGUUUAAAAUAAAGAUUUAUUUUCAAACA